AGAAAAAAACAUAUUGCACACAAAACUCCAUACGGACAUGAAGUGUCUUUUCCUGUGUAUGUGGGCCUGGGUGUUGUUGGCAUCAACGGGAAGUGGAAGAAGCACGGGAUGCUUGCAAGAAGAGAGGAAUGCACUGCUCGAGAUUAAGGCCGCCUUCAACCGCCCGCAUGGGUCUUUUCUUCCGUCGUGGCGCCACGGCGAUGGUGACUGUUGUGGCUGGGAAGGCGUUGAGUGCGAUAACACCACUUUGCGAGUGACUGAAUUGUAUCUGAGCAAUACGCACCAUCAGAAGUCGAGGCCUUGGGUUAUUAAUGCCACCUUGUUCACUCCUCUCGAGGAGCUUCGAGUGUUGGAUUUGAGUAGAAAUCGUCUUAACGAUAUAAAUGGAACGCUGCACCUGAAGAAUUUGAAGAGGUUGUAUCUAUAUGACAAUCUUUUAGAUCGAGUCCCCUCAUUGUACAAGCAAACUUCAGCAGAGGCCCAAAACUUGUCUUCUAAUCAGCUUGGAGGUGUGGAUUUGGAGGUGUUGGAUCUUUGGGGUAACAAAUUGGGGAAUGAUGCCCUCGUGGACAUUAUGAGGAUGACAUCUCUUAAGGCCUUAGACAUCAGUUUUUGCAGAUUGGAUGCAUCUUCGAAGUUACUGGAAGGCUUGUGCAGAUUGAGGAACCUUGAAGAGUUUGAUAUCUGUGGCAAUGAAUUCUGGGGUCCUCUUCCGUCCUGCUUCUGCAAUAUGACCUCACUCCGUGUGUUUGAUGUUCACAAUAACCAUUUUAGCGGGGCCAUUCCACCAUCUCUCCUCUCCAAUCUCAAGUCUCUCGAAUACAUUGAGCUUUCCGGAAAUAAUUUCGGAGGCUCGCUUUCGCUUGCUUCCCUGGCGAAUACUUCUAACCUUGAGGUGUUCCGCCUCCUUGACAACCUUCAUCUGGUAGUAAAUACAGAAGAGCCCGCUUGGUUCCCUCCAUUCCAGUUGAAAAGGUUUGGCUUGUCAAGAUGUGUGCUUAACAAGGAUGCAAACGGUGUAAUCCCCAGCUUUUUGAAAGAGCAACAUGACUUGAGAGUUGUUCAAAUCUGCUUCAAUGGAAUCACAGCAGAUUUCCCAAACUGGCUGUUGGUCAACAAUGUUAAUCUAGAAUGGUUCGAUCUCAGAGGCAACAAUAUGACAGGUGCUUUUCAUUUGCCUUCUAAUUUGAGUCGUGUCAGCAUGCGAUGGGUCGAUUGGUCUGCUAAUUUUAUCGAAGGAGAGCUUCCAUCUUGGUUUGGUUCUAUCCUCCCGAAUUUGCAAUAUUUGAACCUGUCAAACAACUUAUUGGAAGGUAGAAUCCCUUCCUCAAUGGGCAAUAUGAAACUACUAUUCUCAUUGGAUUUGUCGAAUAAUGGCUUCACCGGAGAGAUACCAGAGACGUUGGCUAAAGAUUGUACGUCGCUCAUUUCAGUGGUAUUGUCAGGCAACAAUUUGCAAGGCCAAAUGCUACCGAGGUAUUCUAACUUGAGAAAAUUGAAUUUUUUGUUUCUGGAUAGCAAUAAUUUCACAGGGGAUAUUUCGCUUGGCAUAUUAAAUAGCUCUUCCUUGCUGGUUUUGGAUGUAAGAAAUAAUUCCCUAUCUGGAACAAUUCCCAAUUGGAUUGGAGAUAUUCCACGAUUGAGAGGGCUUCUGAUAUCAAGUAAUUCAUUGGGAGGUCCUUUACCGUUGAGCUUAUGCAACUUAAACUAUCUCGUUCAUCUAGACCUUUCAGGUAGCAACAUUGGGCCAAACAUACCCCCUUGUGCCAAUGUUACGGUUAUGAGGUUCUUGCAUCUAACGAAUAACUCGCUUACUGGGCAUUUUCCUGAGUUUCUCUCUCGAGCUUCAUCAACGGUCACAUUGGAUCUCCGGCAUAAUGCAUUGUCUGGUAAGGUCCCCAGCUGGAUCGGUUCACUUAGGAACUUGAAGGUUCUUCUAUUGCAAGGAAACAACUUUGAAGGUUCAAUUCCGCUGGAUCUGUGUCUGUUGAAAAAUAUGAGCAUAUUGGAUCUCUCCAAAAAUAAUCUUUCUGGACAAAUUCCUUCUUGUCUGAAAGAUUUGACAUUUGGAUAUGAUGGGAUAUCUGCAGACUCAUUUGAUACCUCUGGCUAUUGGGUAAAGCCUGUGGAUCCAUACGGAUAUAAGGGCAGAUUCUCUACUUUUUUUAGGUAUAGUGAAUACGGGAGGUCUGCAUAUACAGAUGGAUUAGAAGAAGUGAACUUCAUGACAAAGAGUAGGUUGGAAUCUUAUAAGGGCUACAUUCUACAACUCAUGUCGGGAAUGGAUCUCUCGCAGAACAAUUUCACAGGCUUUAUUCCUCCAGAGGUCGGCUAUUUGAGUGAACUUCUAGCAUUGAAUCUGUCACACAAUCAUCUGACGGGACCGAUCCCAGAAACGUUUGCCAAUUUAAAGAAUGUAGAGAGCUUGGACUUGUCCUACAAUAGCUUAAUCGGUCCCAUCCCUCCACAACUAAUAGAGCUCUACAGGCUGUCAGAGUUUAGGGUGGCUUACAAUAACUUGUCUGGUAGGACACCAGACCGAAAAAAUCAAUUUGGAACUUUUGGUGAAGCAAGCUAUGAAGGUAACCCUCUUCUUUGUGGACCACCAUUAACAAGCUGUGAUGGCUCAAAUCAGGGACAGGGGACACUGCCACCUUCUAAUCAUAUCAAGGAUGAUGACCCCUGGAGAGAAGCCUUCUUGUGGAGUUUUGCAGGAUCAUAUGUGGUGGCGUUCUUUGGGAUGGUCCUUUUUCUCUACCUAAACACGUACUAUCGAUAUGUGCUGUUCAACCUUGUUCGUAAGCUUAUCCCGUCGUUUCCCCAGUAAUAGAUUAUAUGA